AGAAAGUCCCAAUGAAAAGGAAUCUCUAUGUUUCAGAAGAUUUAGAAUGAUUUGUCUCUUCAUUAUGUAUGGCUUAAUUAUAGCCUACAUAAUUUACUACCUCCUUAGUUUUACUGGUCCUUCAUCACUACAAAUGUCAAGAUCAGUCGACGCUGUACCUGUUCCUGCUGUUAUUUUUCUCUCCGGAUCCAGUCUGAUUAAUAAUAAUAUUACAUGUACUUUCUCUGAUACAACUGUUACUGAUUGUAGUAUAAAAAUCAAAUAUUUCACAGAUUACAGCAUUUAUUUUGACAAUAAUGCUUUAUUUUCAAGUUCAUCGAUUAUUGAAUUUGAUAUUUACGCAGCUGAUUCAAGUAACUUUUUUUAUCCAGUCGUAAUUCUACUUGAUCCAGAGACAUAUAACCAAAUAGAUCUUAGUGGUUUCUUUUCUGGCGGUAGCAUAAUUGGUGGUAGCAUAGGCUCAAAGACCACUAGUAAUAUUCAAGACAAACUUUCUUCAUUAUUAUAUGAAAAUAUUUACACACUUUCGCCAUUUCAAGAGAAUUAUAUAUUUUUAGAGCGCAUUCAAUAUCAAGACCUCGACACUUCUUUAGAAAAAGCCAAGUUUACUAAAGUUACCAGUAAAACUUCCGAACAUAGAGUUAAUUAUUAUGGGUUGUCAACUAGGAUAUUAUCGGUUGGACAAUAUAGCAAUGCUAAUUUUCCGAAUCAAACUAUACCAUAUACUACUUUACAAAUUUCUAAUAUGUCAUCAAUUUUAACUACUUAUACGCAAGUAAAUAAAGUGAGCUCGACCACUGUUGUUAGCUUUCUUUCUGGACUUGGUGGUUCAACUGCUUUCCUUUUGGUUAUAUAUAAAUUCUGUUUCGGCGGCUACAAGCCACCAGGCUUAUUAAAACCAGUCUUACCUAAAGAAUGGACUACGUCUGAGACUACGGAUGAAGAGGCUACGACUCCGACAGAUAGCAAAGGGUAG